AUGAAGCUGUUCCUGCCCCUCACAGUGUUCCUGAUUGCAUUGCUCUUGCCCCCAUGGUUGGUGGCCACCUCCUCUGCCAUUCCUGGGGAGGUGGAUAACUCUGUGGUGUUGAGUAGCAUGGAGGAGGCCAAGCGACUGGUGGAUAAAGCCUACAAGGAGAGGAGAGAAAGAAUUAAGCAGAAGAUGAGGAGUGGAACAGCAACUGCCAGGGACCUCAUGUCCUUUAUCAAGCAGCCAGUGGCAGGGACCCGGACUGCUGCUCGAGCUGCUGACUACCUUCAUGUGGCCUUGAAUCUUCUGGAGGGAAAGUUGCAGCCUUGGUACCGGAGACCCUUCAACAUCACAGAUGUGUUGACCCCUCUCCAGCUGGAGCUACUGUCCAAGGCUAGCGGCUGUGCCUACCAGGACGUGGCAGUAAAGUGUGAUCCCAACUACAAGUACCGUACUAUCACAGGAGAAUGCAACAACAUGAGGAGACCCACUUUAGGAGCAUCUAACAGGGCCUUUGUCCGUUGGUUACCUGCUGAGUAUGAGGAUGGAGUUUCUCGCCCCUAUGGGUGGACAAAUGGGGCAAAAAGAAAUGGUUUCGUUGUUCCUCUGGCCCGAGAAGUCUCCAACAAAAUUGUCCGAUUCCCAAAUGAGAAGCUGACCCAAGACCAGGAGAGGGCCCUUAUAUUCAUGCAGUGGGGCCAGUUCAUUGACCAUGACUUGGACCUCACCCCUGAGCCUGUCCUGACCGAGAACUGUGAGCACUCCUGUGCACAGCAGCCUUCCUGCUUCCCCCUCAAGAUCCCACCCAAUGACCCCCGGAUCACCAACAGGAACGAUUGCAUUCCCUUCUUCCGUUCCUGCCCAGCCUGUACGGAAGGCAACAUUACCAUCCGCAAUCAGAUCAAUGCCCUCACUUCCUUCCUGGAUGCCAGCAUGGUGUAUGGCAGUGAGGAGCCCCUCGCCCGCCACCUCCGGAAUAGGACCAACCAACUAGGACUGUUGGCUGUGAACAAUCAGUUUCGGGACAAUGGGAGGGCCCUCCUGCCCUUUGACAACCUCCAUGAUGAUCCUUGUUUGCUCACCAACCGCACGGCCCGAGUCCGAUGUUUCUUGGCAGGAGACAGCAGGUCCAGCGAGAUGCCUGAGCUGACAUCUAUGCAUACCCUCUUCCUCCGGGAGCACAACCGCUUGGCUACAUUGCUGAAGAGGAUGAACCCCAAAUGGGAUGGAGAAAAACUGUACCAAGAAGCCAGGCAAAUUGUUGGGGCUCAGAUCCAGAUCAUCACCUACCGGCACUAUCUGCCCCUGGUGCUGGGGCCAGCCGCCCUGAAGAAGUACUUGCCUCCUUAUCGGGGUUAUAACGAUUCGGUAGAUCCGCGCAUUGCCAAUGUCUUCACCAACGCCUUCCGCUAUGGCCACACCCUCAUCCAGCCCUUCAUGUUCCGCCUGGAUGCUCAGUACCGACCAGCCGGGCCCAACCCGAGGGUCCCGCUCAGUAAAGUCUUCUUUGCUAGCUGGAGGCUUGCGAAGGAAGGAUACACUGCCUGGAGAAGGUUCUGUGGGCUCCCUCAACCCAAAACAGAAGGUGAACUUACCACAGUGAUGAAGAACCAAGAUAUAGCCAAGAAACUGAUGACUCAGUAUGGAACCCCUGACAACAUUGACAUCUGGAUGGGGGGUGUGGCAGAACCCCUGGAGCCCAAUGCCAGGGUGGGGAAACUCCUGGCCUGUCUCAUUGGAACCCAGUUCAGGAACCUUCGAGAUGGAGAUCGGUUCUACUGGGAAAGUGCUGGGGUAUUCAGCACCCAGCAGCGCCAAGCAUUGGCCAGUGUUAGCUUAUCACGCAUCAUCUGUGACAACACGGGCAUCACCUUAGUGCCGAAGGAUAUCUUCAAGGCCAACAAAUAUCCCAAAGACUUUGUCAACUGUACCAUGAUUCCUCAACUGAACCUGUCAGCUUGGAGAAGCAAGACAGAGUAGCCGGGAAUUUGUCCCGAGCCUCGUCCCCUUAGCGCUCAAGGGGAAUGAAUCUUCGUCUGUAGCUGAAUUGUCAGGCAUCAGAUCCCAAUCAGGAUUAAGGCCGCAGCUCUUCAGGCCAGAGAAGGAUUUGGCAGUGACUUUCUUGGCCAUUGGAGAGGGAAGUGGUUUUCCUCCUGUAACUUGAAUGGCCGGGCUGAAAUUGUCCCAGGCCCGCAGCUGCCCACGGGGCAAUUCUUCAUCUUGGACCAGAAGACAAAGAUCCCUGUCAGGGAGGGGAAUCUGGGCCAGCAUGACUGAGAGAUGCCAUCUGCUUCUGCUGUCAAUAAAGUAGUGCUGA